CCGCAGCCGCAGUCAUGCAGUAGCAGUCAGUGGAGCUUGUCCAAGCCUGAGCUGUCCGGCCCUGUGGACUCUGAGUCGUCAUUUUCUUCUCCCCAAAAUCGUUAUUUAAUGCCGGCCAACAGGAGCUACCAACCGCAGCCGCAGUCAUGCAGUAGCAGUCAGUGGAGCUUGUCCAAGCCUGAGCUGUCCGGCCCUGUGGAUUCUGAGUCGUCAUUUUCUUCUCCCCAAAAUCGUUAUUUAAUGCCGGCCAACUGGAGCUACCAACCGCAGCCGCAGUCAUGCAGUAGCAGUCAGUGGAGCUUGUCCAAGCCUGAGCUGUCCGGCCCUGUGGACUCUGAGUCGUCAUUUUCUUCUCCCCAAAAUCGUUAUUUAAUGCCGGCCAACAGGAGCUACCUACAUUAUAGGCCCCCCGACCGGCAGAGGCCCUGGGACCUCAGCCUAGAACCUCUGAUGACGUCAGGCAGUAGCGGACCGGGGAGCUUGUCCAAGUCUGAGCUGUCCGGCCCUGUGGACUCUGAGUCGUCACUUCAAUUUUUAUUCGACAGCGACUAUGAAACCCAUUUCGCAGGGCAAGCUCUGAGUCUGACCGAUGAACAGCUCCUGAAGGUGGCCGAAACACUGGGAAAGGAGUGUACGCAGGCGGCCAUCCCCCUGGAGCUGAGCAUCACAGAUCUGAACGACAUCAAGGCAAAACAUAGAUCUGUAGCCACGCAGAAAUACAAGAUGUUGGUGUUGUGGAAGCGCCGAAGACCAUCAGGAGAGGCCACAGCACAGGACCUGCUGAGAGGUCUGGAAGCCAUGGAGGACCUACGGGUCGGGACUCGUCUGUUAUUGAAAGACUUUGCAUCUUUAAGAAUUCCGACAUGCAGUAGCGGACAGGAAAGUCGUCCUGGUAAGCUGUUCUCGUCUCUGCCCCUCAAAAGGGAUGGUAGUGAAUGCACGCUGGACAGCGACUAUGAAACCCAUUUCGCAGGGCAAGCUCUGAGUCUGACCGAUGAACAGCUCCUGAAGGUGGCCGAAACACUGGGAAAGGAGUGGACGCAGGCGGCCAUCCCCCUGGAGCUGAGCAUCACAGAUCUGAACGACAUCAAGGCAAAACAUAGAUCUGUAGCCACGCAGAAAUACAAGAUGUUGGUGUUGUGGAAGCGCCGAAGACCAUCAGGAGAGGCCACAGCACAGGACCUGCUGAGAGGUCUGGAAGCCAUGGAGGACCUACGGGUCGGGACUCGUCUGUUAUUGAAAGACUUUGCAUCUUUAAGAAUUCCGACAUGCAGUAGCGGACAGGAAAGUCGUCCUGGUAAGCUGUUCUCGUCUCUGCCCCUCAAAAGGGAUGGUAGUGAAUGCACGCUGGACAGCGACUAUGAAACCCAUUUCGCAGGGCAAGCUCUGAGUCUGACCGAUGAACAGCUCCUGAAGGUGGCCGAAACACUGGGAAAGGAGUGGACGCAGGCGGCCAUCCCCCUGGAGCUGAGCAUCACAGAUCUGAACGACAUCAAGGCAAAACAUAGAUCUGUAGCCACGCAGAAAUACAAGAUGUUGGUGUUGUGGAAGCGCCGAAGACCAUCAGGAGAGGCCACAGCACAGGACCUGCUGAGAGGUCUGGAAGCCAUGGAGGACCUACGGGUCGGGACUCGUCUGUUAUUGAAAGACUUUGCAUCUUUAAGAAUUCCGACAUGCAGUAGCGGACAGGAAAGUCGUCCUGGUAAGCUGUUCUCGUCUCUGCCCCUCAAAAGGGAUGGUAGUGAAUGCACGCUGGACAGCGACUAUGAAACCCAUUUCGCAGGGCAAGCUCUGAGUCUGACCGAUGAACAGCUCCUGAAGGUGGCCGAAACACUGGGAAAGGAGUGGACGCAGGCGGCCAUCCCCCUGGAGCUGAGCAUCACAGAUCUGAACGACAUCAAGGCAAAACAUAGAUCUGUAGCCACGCAGAAAUACAAGAUGUUGGUGUUGUGGAAGCGCCGAAGACCAUCAGGAGAGGCCACAGCACAGGACCUGCUGAGAGGUCUGGAAGCCAUGGAGGACCUACGGGUCGGGACUCGUCUGUUAUUGAAAGACUUUGCAUCUUUAAGAAUUCCGACAUGCAGUAGCGGACAGGAAAGUCGUCCUGGUAAGCUGUUCUCGUCUCUGCCCCUCAAAAGGGAUGGUAGUGAAUGCACGCUGGACAGCGACUAUGAAACCCAUUUCGCAGGGCAAGCUCUGAGUCUGACCGAUGAACAGCUCCUGAAGGUGGCCGAAACACUGGGAAAGGAGUGGACGCAGGCGGCCAUCCCCCUGGAGCUGAGCAUCACAGAUCUGAACGACAUCAAGGCAAAACAUAGAUCUGUAGCCACGCAGAAAUACAAGAUGUUGGUGUUGUGGAAGCGCCGAAGACCAUCAGGAGAGGCCACAGCACAGGACCUGCUGAGAGGUCUGGAAGCCAUGGAGGACCUACGGGUCGGGACUCGUCUGUUAUUGAAAGACUUUGCAUCUUUAAGAAUUCCGACAUGCAGUAGCGGACAGGAAAGUCGUCCUGGUAAGCUGUUCUCGUCUCUGCCCCUCAAAAGGGAUGGUAGUGAAUGCACGCUGGACAGCGACUAUGAAACCCAUUUCGCAGGGCAAGCUCUGAGUCUGACCGAUGAACAGCUCCUGAGGGUGGCCGAAACACUGGGAAAGGAGUGGACGCAGGUGGCCAUCAAACUGGAGCUGAGCAUCCCAGAUCUGGACGACAUCAAGGCAAAACAUAUAUCUGUAGCCACGCAGAAAUACAAGAUGUUGGUGUUGUGGAAGCGCCGAAGACCAUCAGGAGAGGCCACAGCACAGGACCUGCUGAGAGGUCUGGAAGACCUGAAGGAACUACCGUUCGAGACUCGUCUGUUAUUGAAAGGGACGAGUCUCACCGAAGACACAGCAAGCAUGCCCGUGGUGGACAGGUGUGAAGAGGAGGACUGUUCUGAUUCUGGAGAGCAGAGCCAAGGACGAAAGAGUAUUCAGUCAGGACUUCGAUCUAAACCUGUUAAGAAGAAGCCGUCACACAGUAGUGGACCGGGGAGCCGUCCUGUUGAGCUGUCCUCGUCUCUGCACCUCAAAGAGCCUGCUAGUGACGGGACGCUAGCACUUGGGGACGACAAGACGCUAGUAAAGCCAAAGAAACAAACGAGAGCCAGAAAUAAUGAAACCUGCUCUGCAGGGCAGGAUCUGUCUGAUGAGCAGCUCCGGGAUGUUGCACAAACGCUGGGACAGGAGUGGGAGAGGGCAGCCCUCCACCUGGGGCUGAAGAAGAAAGAUCUGGACGAGAUCAAGAAAGAAAAGAGAGAAUUCAUGCAGAGACGGAACAUGUUGCGGCUGUGGAAGGACCGAAGACCAGGAAAGGUCACAGCACAGGACCUGCUGAGAGGUCUGGAAGACAUGAAGGACCUACCUGUCGAGACUCGUCUGUUAUUGAAAGAUUUACUACCAAAAAUGGAAAGCAGUAGCUCAGGGACGAGUCUCACCGAAGACACAGCAAGCAUGCCCGUGGUGGACAGGUGUGAAGAGGACUGUUCUGAUUCUGGAGAGCAGAGCCAAGGACGAAAGAGCAGUAAGUCAGACGCCAGUGUUGAGAUUGAUGAAGAUGAUGAAGAGGAUGAGGAGGAGAUGCCCGUCAAGUCACAACGUGAAAAAUGCAAAGCAGCUCAGCAGAGCCCCGAGUAUGUGAAGGUUACCCCAACGGAGAUUUCAAAGCAGAGCUCCAAUCCCAUCAUUCCCAGCAGUCUGCCGGUGAAGCACCACGGGGCUGUGCUGGUUUACAAGGGGCUGACGAGAGAAUGCCGAACAGACCACAUCUUCCGCGUGUUUUUGUCCUUGAACAACGACUCUGAGAUCAAGGCUGUUGAAGAACAGAUUCAAAUAGGUGUUAAGCAAUGGAUAAAGAUUGAAAUACCUCCCCUCUGUUUGCUGGAAGAGAAGGUCUACCACCUCACAAGCGAGCCAGAAGGGCAAAUUGAACCCAAGAAUCAACCAUUCACCACUGCAGUUUUAGCAUGUAAGGGAUAUUUUGUAGCACGCUUCAGUGAGCAUCCUCCUUUCAGAUUGUUUCUCAUGGACUCUGACUCUGACGAACCUUUGUGGUCUGCUACAAUCAGAGAAGAGGAUUGGACCUGCGAGAAAAGUUCUCUUCCGAAGAUGAACCAGGUGCCCAACAACAGAGGGAGAGGAGAGCAGAGCCAAGGACGAAAGAGCAGUCAGUCAGGGACGAGUCUCACCGAAGACACAGCAAGCAUGCCCGUGGUGGACAGGUGUGGAGAGGAGGACUGUUCUGAUUCUGGAGAGCAGAGCCAAGGACGAAAGAGUAUUCAGUCAGGACUUCGAUCUAAACCUGUUAAGAAGAAGCCGUCACACAGUAGCAGACCGGGGAGCCGUCCUGUUGAGCUGUCCUCGUCUCUGCCCCUCAAAAAGCCUGCUAGUGACGGGACGCUAGCACUUGGGGACGACAAGACGCUAGUAAAGCCAAAGAAACAAACGAGAGCCAGAAAUAAUGAAACCUGCUCUGCAGGGCAGGAUCUGUCUGAUGAGCAGCUCCGGGAUGUUGCACAAACGCUGGGACAGGAGUGGGAGAGGGCAGCCCUCCACCUGGGGCUGAAGAAGAAAGAUCUGGACGAGAUCAAGAAAGAAAAGAGAGAAUUCAUGCAGAGACGGAACAUGUUGCGGCUGUGGAAGGACCGAAGACCAGGAAAGGUCACAGCACAGGACCUGCUGAGAGGUCUGGAAGACAUGAAGGACCUACCUGUCGAGACUCGUCUGUUAUUGAAAGAUUUACUACCAAAAAUGGAAAGCAGUAGCUCAGGGACGAGUCUCACCGAAGACACAGCAAGCAUGCCCGUGGUGGACAGGUGUGAAGAGGACUGUUCUGAUUCUGGAGAGCAGAGCCAAGGACGAAAGAGCAGUAAGUCAGACGCCAGUGUUGAGAUUGAUGAAGAUGAUGAAGAGGAUGAGGAGGAGAUGCCCGUCAAGUCACAACGUGAAAAAUGCAAAGCAGCUCAGCAGAGCCCCGAGUAUGUGAAGGUUACCCCAACGGAGAUUUCAAAGCAGAGCUCCAAUCCCAUCAUUCCCAGCAGUCUGCCGGUGAAGCACCACGGGGCUGUGCUGGUUUACAAGGGGCUGACGAGAGAAUGCCGAACAGACCACAUCUUCCGCGUGUUUUUGUCCUUGAACAACGACUCUGAGAUCAAGGCUGUUGAAGAACAGAUUCAAAUAGGUGUUAAGCAAUGGAUAAAGAUUGAAAUACCUCCCCUCUGUUUGCUGGAAGAGAAGGUCUACCACCUCACAAGCGAGCCAGAAGGGCAAAUUGAACCCAAGAAUCAACCAUUCACCACUGCAGUUUUAGCAUGUAAGGGAUAUUUUGUAGCACGCUUCAGUGAGCAUCCUCCUUUCAGAUUGUUUCUCAUGGACUCUGACUCUGACGAACCUUUGUGGUCUGCUACAAUCAGAGAAGAGGAUUGGACCUGCGAGAAAAGUUCUCUUCCGAAGAUGAACCAGGUGCCCAACAACAGAGGGAGAGGAGAGCAGAGCCAAGGACGAAAGAGCAGUCAGUCAGGAGAGCAGAGCCAAGGACGAAAGAGCAGUCAGUCAGGACUUCGAUCUAAACCUGUUAAGAAGCCGUCACACAGUAGCAGACCGGGGAGCCGUCCUGUUGAGCUGUCCUCGUCUCUGCACCUCAAAAAGCCGGCUAGUGACGGGACGCUGGCACUUGGGGACGACAAGACGCUAGUAAAGCCAAAGAAACAAACGAGAGCCAGAAAUAAUGAAACCUGCUCUGCAGGGCAGGAUCUGUCUGAUAAGCAGCUCCGGGAUGUUGCACAAACGCUGGGACAGGAGUGGGAGCAGGCGGCCCUCCACCUGGGGCUGAAGAAGGAAGAUCUGGACGAGAUCAAGAAAGAAAAGAGAGAAUUCAUGCAGAGACGGAACAUGUUGGUGCAGUGGAAGCGCCGAAGACCAGGAAAGGUCACAGCACAGGACCUGCUGAGAGGUCUGGAAGACAUGAAGAACCUACCUGUCGAGACUCGUCUGUUAUUGAAAGAUUUACUACCAAAAAUGGAAAGCAGUAGCUCAGGGACGAGUCUCACCGAAGACACAGCAAGCAUGCCCGUGGUGGACAGGUGUGAAGAGGACUGUUCUGAUUCUGGAGAGCAGAGCCAAGGACGAAAGAGCAGUAAGUCAGACGCCAGUGCUGAGAUUGCUGAAGAUGAUGAAGAGGAAAUGCACGUCAAGUCACAACGUGAAAAAUGCAAAGCAGCUCAGCAGAGCCCUGAUUAUGUGAAGGUUACCCCAACGGAGAUUUCAAAGCAGAGCUCCAAUCCCAUCAUUCCCAGCAGUCGUCCGGUGCAGCACGAAGGGGCUGUGCUGGUUUACAAGGAGCUGAAGAGACAAUGCCGAACGGACCACAUCUUCCGCGUGUUUUUGUCCUUGAACACCAUCCCUGAGACCGAGGCUGUUGAAGAACAGAUUCAAACAGGUGAUAAGCAAUGGAUCAAGAUUGACAUAUCAGCCCGCUGUUUGCUGGAAGAGAAGGUCUACCACCUCACAAGCGAGCCAGAAGGGCACAUUGAAAACAACGAUCAGAAAUUCACCACUGCAGUGUUGGCGUCUAAGGGUUUUUUUGUAGUACGCUUCAGCGCGCUUGAACGUCCUCCUUUCAAAUUGUCUCUCAUGGACUCAGACUGUGAUGAACCUUUGUGGUCUGCUACAAUCAGAGAAGAGGAUUGCAAAGGCAAGAAAAGUUCUCUUCCGAAGAUGAACCAGGAGGCCAACAACAGAGGGAGAGGAGAGCAGAGCCAAGGACGAAAGAGCAGUCACUCAGGAACGAGUCUCACAGAAGACAUAGCAAGCAUGUUUUUGACGGACAGGCAUGAAGAGGAGGACUGUUCUGAUUCCGACGCCAGUGCUGAGAUUGAUGAAGAGGUUGAAGGGACGAGUCUCACAGAAGACAUAGCAAGCAUGUCCGUUGUGGACAGGUGUGAAGAGGACUGUUCUGAUUCUGACGCCAGUGCUGAGAUUGAUGAAGAUGAUGAAGAGGAUGAAGAAGAGAUGCACGUCAAGUCACAACAUGAAAAAUGCAAAGCAGCUCAUCAGAGCCCUGAGUAUGUGAAGGUCACCCCAACGGAGAUUUCAAAGCGGCGCUUCAAGCUACCGCUGAAAGGCAAAGGGACCUAUGAGUGUUCGGCUACAGGUCUGGUGUUUGAAGUGUCGGAGCAGGCUGUGGUCCGCUACUCGGUCCUGUCCUGGAUAGAAUUCGCUAAGUUCCUCCAUGACUCCUGGAGGCCUGCUGGCUCGAUUUGGAAAGUGGAUGUGGUCAACAACGAUUCAUCUGUGCUCAAGUUUAUCCAUUUCCCACACUCUCUGUGCCUUUCUGGACCUGAGCAUGAGCUGAUCUUCAGUGUUCUGCUCGUAAAGGGCAGCCAUGACAGCAUUGAGUCGACGGUGGACUUCACGGCGAGCCAUGUUAAAUGGCCCGUGUCCUCGCCUUGUCGAGUGGGUCCCAUCAUUCCCAGCAGUCUUCCGGUGAAGCACGACGGGGCUGUGCUGGUUUACAAGGAGCUGACGAGAAAAUGCCGAAAGGACCACAUCUUACGCGUGUUUUUGUCCUUGAACAACGAAUCUGGGAUCAAGGCUGUUGAAGAACAGCUGCUAAAAACUGGUAAGGAAUGGAUCGAGAUUGAUCUAACACAGGGCUGUAAUCUGGAAGAGAAGGUCUACCACCUCACAAGCGAGCCAGAAGGGCAAAUUGAACACAAGAAUCAGAAAUUCACCACUGCAGUGUUGGCGUCUAAAGGUUUUUUUGUAGUACGCUUCAGCGCGCUUGAGCGUCCUCCUUUCAAAUUGUCUCUCAUGGAGUCAGACUGUGAUGAACCUUUGUGGUCUGCUACCAUCCGAGAAGAGGAUUGCAAAGGCAAGAAAAGUUCUCUUCUGAAGAUGAACCAGGUGGCCAACAACAGAGGGAGAGGAGAGCAGAGCCAAGGACGAAAGAGCAGUCAGUCAGAGGAGAUUUUGAGGAUCCGUUCAAAAUUUGUGCAGAGAGUUACAAUCCAAGUUCUCAAAGGUCUCCUGGAUGACCUUUAUGAACGUGAAGUGGUCAGUCUUGAGGAAAAGGACUCUUUGAUGGAGGAGUGGAGGAGCAAAGCAGACCGAGCACGUUGUCUGGCCGAUAUGGUGAUCGGUAAAGGGGAGGAAGCAAGUCAGAAAAUGAUUGAUAGUAUGAAGGAGAGGGACAAGCACUUAUGCUCCACCCUGGGUCUGUUCUCAUCUCCUUCUGCUGCUGUGGCUGAGUUGUAAAUAGCCUAUUAAUGUAUUUUUAAAGAAAUUGCGACUGCCCACUUUGUUUUGACAAGACAUUACAUUUAUUCAGCUGACAUAUUGUUGAUAUGUUUAGAAUAUGUCUUCCUUCCGUUGCUAGUACAUGUGUACUAAGCUGUACCUCCUAUAUCCAGGUAUAGAUAGGAAUUUUGAAAGAUAAUUUUUAAGUAGCCUAACUUUAUUAUGGUCUCGGAACUGAUCAUGGAAAUGUUUACAGUUUCCCCAAGAGGCAGCUAAAGUUUUUUUUAUACUUUUAAAUGUUCAGGUGAAUGCUAUAUGCAGCCAGAUUUGCAGAUCGGCUGCGGUUGGACAAAACUUGACGAGAUCCACAAAUGGAUACAGACGAGUUCACAUGUGGUAACCUGAUGUGAAACAGAGUGUGGAUUUUAAGUUACAAAAGUAAACUGUAUGGAUUUGUGCAUCGUGAUCUGUUCUGAAAGUUUGUUUGGAUAUCCUUUUACAAAGGAAAGGUAAACAUUAUUUGUGUUUUUUGGUAACAAAAUGUGAAUUGUCUUCUGUGGGUCACAACAAGUUACUCACUUCGUUUUACAUGCAUGGCGCCAUCUGCAGGUGUAUGCUAUGACCGCAUCCAGAUUGGUACACAUUGGACAAAACUUGAUUGCAAAGCUAAAGUGAAAAAUGACUGGACACUGCCAUCAGUGUGUUUAUAAAAAUGGUUGCAAGUCGCUAUGGGUGAAAGCGUCUGCUAAAUAUAAAUGUUAUUUUCUCACUUCAGGGUAGGCUGCGAUAAUAAAUAAACCUGACACUGUUUUACCCGU